AUGCUUAUAAGCUUUAAAGUACUCCACACAAUUGCAUUGAAGAUCCCUCCCUUUAAAGCAGCUUGUAGACCGAGAUUUUUUUGCAGAUUGAAGCCCAUUCCGACAUCUUUUCGAUUCGUAAGUGAAGCGAUGAGUGUCGAACAGCGAUCCGAUUCGAAGCGCGGCGGCGUUGAUGAAGAGCCCCAGAGAAAACCUAUCAAAAUUGCGAAAAAGACAAAGCUGAAGAAAUACAAGGCUAAAAAAGUUGAUCCUACCGCUCCCUUAGGUGUUUUGCAGGGUGAGAUUGAUGAACUAUUAUUGGAAUUCGAUAAAACUCGUGAACAAGUAACCAACGAUGUAACUGCGAUUCUGAAUGAUACACACAGUCAAACUGGGCCUAUUGCUAGCCUGUAUCAUCGGCUUGUGCCUGACGUGAAGGUUAUCAAACUCACAGCAAGCGGUGACGCACUUGCGUUUAUUCAAAAUCCUGUCGAGACUGACAAAAACCAGGUGGCUUUAAUACCUUUUGCGUUUCCGGGAGACGUUGUUGACAUUAAAGUGUUCAAAACCCAUCCUCACUAUGUUGAGUGUGAUUUGCUCGAGAUUAAGGAACCAUCGAAAUCCAGAAACAACGAAUUGAUCAGAUGUCAGUAUUUUGGGAAAUGUUCAGGAUGUCAAUUCCAACCUUUUUCUUACGAAGAACAGUUGCAAAUUAAAAGAGCUACGGUCGAAAACGCGUACAAGUAUUUCGCUCCUAAUUUGAUGCAAGAGGGCUUGAUUCCUGUAGUAGGGAACACAGUGGGGUCGCCCUUGACUUAUGGAUACAGAACUAAACUGACACCGCAUUUCGAUAUACCCAGAAAGUUGGAUAAAUUGAACAAAAGACCUCCUUUGGGUUUCGGUCAAAAGGGGAGACCAACGUGGAGAAACACGAAUGCCGGCGGCGAUGCUAGUAUACUUGACGUCGAAGAAUGUGUUAUUGGAACUUCUAUCAUUAAUCAGGGCAUGAAAAAUGAGAGGGCUGAAUUCGACAAAACGUAUAAAGAUUUCAAGAGAGGAGCUACAAUCCUAUUGAGAGAGCAUACCAAAAUUUUGGACGAAAACGAAAGUGUCGAAUCUCAGCUGGACAAGGGAUCUCUGAAUCCAGAAAACGGGGCCGUGUCGUACCAGGUUUCUGACGGCGCGGCAGGCACGAAAUUACUCAAGACAUGUGUUACAGACUCCAGGCAAGUUGUCACCGAAAACAUUGACGGCUACACUUUCAACUUCUCCGCGGGAGAAUUCUUCCAAAACAAUAAUAGCAUUCUUCCGCUCGUCACGAGCUAUGUCCGGGACAAUUUACAAAUCCCCACCUCAGCCACAACCGAACCGCACUACCUAGUUGAUGCUUAUUGUGGAUCCGGUCUCUUCAGCAUAACUGCAUCUAAGGGUGUGGACAAGGUUAUUGGCGUUGAGGUCUCUGCUGACAGCGUCCGCUUCGCAGAGAAAAAUGCUCUUGCAAACGGCGUGAAAAACUGUACUUUCGUGGUUGGCAAGGCAGAGAAGAUUUUCGCCUCGAUUGAUACUCCCUCAGACAGAACCUCUGUUAUUUUAGAUCCUCCCAGAAAGGGCUGUGAUGAAGUAUUUUUGAAGCAAUUGGCAGAUUACUAUCCUGCUCGCAUUGUCUAUGUUUCUUGCAACGUACACUCUCAGGCUCGCGAUGUGGCGUUUUUCCUGAAGAACACGACUCGCGGCAAAGAUUACAAGAUUGAAAGUCUCCGCGGAUUCGACUUUUUCCCACAAACGCACCACGUUGAGGGCGUGUGUGUUUUGUCAAGGUACUGA